CUUAGUUUUGCCCUUUCUCUGCCCAGCUGCUGCUGGCUUUACUUGCUCGCUUGUGCUGGCCGCUGACCGUGAGACAGGUCGCGCCGCGGGUGAGUGGAGCCACGGCGCUCGGGGGACGCCAUUGGCUCGGGCGUAUGCCUUGGACAGUGGGGGCUUGUGAGAUGAGUGCUCUAGGGCGGGGACUUGCGGGCACUGAGCCCCAGCAAUAUCCUGAGGCAGACCGCCAGAGUGUCGGAAUACUUUAAAACGGCUGAAACCUCUAAAACUUUUGAACCGGGAAAGGGGGCGCGCAUUAUCUGUCUCGUUGCUUGCGGGUUGCGGGUCUCUUUGUCUCCCUUUGUUGCGCUUUUCGCCCCGCUUGGCGGGUUCUUCUUUCUGACUGUGUUCGCUGUCUUUGCCUUAGUCGGGGCGGUGCCUUGCCAUUUCUCUCCCGAGCUGGUCCUGAAGCGCCGGCUCUUCCUUUGGUCGUUCUUGGUUCCUGGAGACAAUGUGAGAACUUCGAUCACCAAGUGGGUCAGUGUCUGCUUUGCUACUUUCCCCAGGUCGAUCGCAAGACACUUCGAGGGGGCAGCUGCAUGUGACGAGGGUGCGAGCAGUGACGUCGUCGUAGUUCUGCAAGCACUCGCGCCUGAGUCUUCGCCGCGUGAUGCUGAUGCAGGGGGAGCAGGGGAGGUUGCACCUACAGCCACGCAGGUUACUACUCUCACAGAAGACGCUCCUGUGCGCCCGUGGUUAAGAAUCGUCCAAGCAGCUCCCUGAAGAUCUUAAAUUACUAAACUUCGAAAGGCCUACUCUUCUAGGGGCCCUUUUCGUGGUAGUAAUUUCCGGCUCGGGAGGCUGUGGCAAUCCUCUUUCAUCUGUGGCUGAUACGUAUCUUUACGAGCCGCAGUACGUGCGGACUGUCUCUCUCUCUGCGUCUGGUGUGAAGGACGUCCUGAACCCUCUCAGGAGCGCACAGAUGUCAUAUCUGUUACCAGUGGGAGGCCUAGGAGCUGACGUCAAGGCGCAUAUUUCUUCGUACUUAGGUGAGGGCUUGGUGACUUUGUACGAGGAAUUCUCUUGCCUGUUUUUUUACACCACAUUCGUUCGUGACUUCGGGAUCAGUCCAGUGCCACGAAGUGGCGUUCAACAACUCGCGAUGCCUGAGGAGAACAAAGCUCAGGGGGUCAGAAGAGGGGUCAUCGUUGGGAAUGACCUUCGUUUCAGUGCCAUGAUCGAGCCCAUCACGAAGACGUCUAAGAUUAUAGACGACCAAGAAUCUCCUGGGUACACGAAGACGUGGUAUCUUGGCUGGUCCAAGGCCUACAGAAGAACUGCCGAACAUUUGCAGGAGCUCUAUGAGACCGAACAAAAAAAGUGGAGAUCAAGCGCACCAUAUAGGCCGUGCUUUGUUUGGUUCUUUGAAUCCGCGGCAGAAAAAAAAGCACGAACGCCGUUAGCUCUGAUGCUGAUAAGAUAUGAAGCGCCGAAUAUGUAUCUCGAGCCAAACCAAGGCCAUAAUAUAGCUCAUCACAAGUGUCGAGUUCGUGCGCUGUUCUAUCUGAGUCAUGCUGGUGGGCAAACUACAUACGCUGCUACUACUGAGCAAGGACUUCGACAAUAGACAACCAAAAUUACCUUCGAAAUCGCGUCUCCAUGACGGUGAUUGUUCGAGUGGGACGCAUAUCCCAACUGUUUACUGUUUAGAAGUAGUGACACUAGUGUUCUUCGGAUACAUAACUGGCGGCGAAGUCAAGAUGCUCAUGCAUGUGUCGCAACAUCAGAGUCGUG